AUAAAAGUAUACACAUCAUUUUUUUUCAUACAAAUUUUAGUUGAUUUGUUGUGUUUUAUUUUUCAUUUAAAAAUAGGUCAUAUUAUUUCCUUGAUAAGAGUCUAGCAUUGACCUGACUGCUAGUUUUUAUUUUAUUUUUUUUAAAUGAAUAUUAAAUUGUCGAAGAGGGCACCACUUGCUGAAGAACAACAACAACAACAAAUUGGCCAAUAAAUAUAAUAUGUAAUUCAUUUGUGUUAACAUUGAUAGUAAAGGUCGUGGUGAUUAUUAAAAAAGAUUACAAUUAAAAAAAUAAUAACUAUAGACACAUCAUCAAUCAUCAUUCAUUUGAAUGACUGUUAGUUGUAAAGUAACGUGACGUUGAUCCAGAGAACUACAUAAAUCUCUUGGGAUUUUAAUAAUUUAACAACACACUUGUCCAAGGAUACAAUAACACAUCCAAGGAUUUAUCAAUAUAAAUAAAUAUAAAUUAUCAUUAUUGUUAAAUAAAUAAAACAGGUAAAUUGUUAAUGACAUGAUGACUCAAUUUGUCAAUUGUUUAACAAGGCUCAGUCUAAAAUCAUUAUCAUCAUCAUCAACAAAUUCAUUAAACAUUGUUAAUUCUUUUGUAAAAUUGUCAGCAAACAAUUUUUAUAAUGUUAGAAAUAUAUCAACGACAUUAAUUAAAAAUGACAGGUUAUAUUCUGAUAAACAUGAAUGGAUUUUAGUUAAAGAAAAUAUUGGUACUGUUGGUAUUUCAAGCUAUGCACAAGAGGCACUUGGUGAUGUUGUUUAUGUUGAAUUACCAGAUGUUGGAAAAAUAAUAAAAAAAGAAGAUGAAGUUGGAGCAUUGGAAUCAGUUAAAGCAGCAUCUGAACUAAUAAGUCCAGUAAGUGGUAAAGUAAUUGAAAAGAAUAGUGAUGUUGAAAAUAAACCAGGACUCGUCAAUACAUCUUGUUAUGAUCAAGGAUGGCUUUAUAAAGUUGAACUAUCAAGUCAUGAUGAAGUUAGCAAUUUAAUGGAUGAAAAAACAUACCAAGAAUAUCUAAAAACUGAUCAUUGAUUUUAUAAAAUAUUAUUAGUUUUAAUUAAUUCAAAUAAACGAUAUUUAUUUGUGAA